UGUAAAGCACACCGAUAAAAACAUGUUGUUGCGAUUAUCUAUAAACGCUGGGCGAAGGUUACUGCUAAAUGCAAGUAUAACUUCUCAGAAAACAACAAAAUACGAGUUCGGUCAUAUCGCUUACAAUAUAACAAACACUUUGUCGAAAAACAAUUGUAUAUUCAAUGUGCAGAGACACUCAGAAUUUGUUAAGAUUAUCUGUGCAAGGCAUCAAAGUACCAUUGAUAGAAAAUCAAUGGAAACUGUAGUAAAUGCAUCAGAAGGGUCAGCUGCACAAGAGAUUCAGAAAGCAGUAGAAAGCACAACCGAUACAGUUAUAGAGAAAGUUUCAAUAAGUGAAUUACCAGAUGUACCGGCAAUACCAGAAGUAGUAGAAACUGUUCUCAAGGUGCAUCCAAAUGGUGAACUUACUUUACAGAGUAUUGGAUUAGGUGGAUAUAGUCCCGUUGGAUUAGUUCAGUCAGCUUUAGAAUGGGUUCACAUUUCCUGUGACUUACCAUGGUGGCAAACUAUUGUGGUCAGUACCCUCUGUAUCAGAUUGCUAUUAUUUCCAUUAGUGAUUUUAGGCCAAAGACAUCUUGCGAACACACAGAAGUAUCUACCAGAAGUACAAAAGAUACAGUCGAAAAUGACAACAGCGAGGCAAUUGGGAGAUCAGUACGAAGCUGCUAUGUAUGGUCAAGAGUUAUAUAAAUUUAUGAAAGAAAAAAACGUUAAUCCUUUAAAAUCUGUGUUUAUAACUCUUCUACAGGCUCCAGUAUUUAUUUCAUGCUUCCUAGGUCUGAGAGGAAUGACUAAUAUUCCAGUUGAGAGUUUAAGAACUGGUGGAAUAUUAUGGUUUACAGACUUAGCUAUUCCUGAUCCGUAUUAUUUACUACCUAUAUUUACUUCUGCAACAAUGUUUCUAACGAUUGAAUUUAGCAUUCUAUCGGCCAAUACUAUGGCUAAUCAAACAAUGACAAUGUAUCUGUUUCGAGCUGUGCCACUUGUCAUAUUACCCUUUUUCUUCAAUUUCCCAUCAGCUAUUUUAUUGUAUUGGCUAUCAACAAAUACGUUUACCUUGGCUCAAGUUGGAAUACUAAAAAUAGAAAUCAUAAGAAAACUGUGUAAAAUUCCACUUGUUGUAGUACAUAAACAGAAAACAAGUUCCAAACGAAAAAAAGGCUUUGUAGAAGGAUUCAAAAAUUCUUGGACAAAUAUGAAAAUAUCUCAAAAAUUGGCAAAUCAAGCACAAGCAGAUGCAAUACAAUUUAAUGAAGCAGCAAAAGGUCCUAUAAGGAAGACGUUCAAAUACGAUCCAACUAAAAAACCUCCAACAGCUGCACAAAUUUUAUCAAAGAAAAGAUAA